AUGUCAAGGAACCCCAAAGAAGACAUUCGGGGUCAGUUGUCGGAUAUCCAACUGAGGUUAUUCCGCAAACCUGACGCGCCGAAGAAGGAGCCUUUGAAGAGCCAGGAAAACAUAUUAAGAACUGAUCCCAAUGCUGCCAAAACUUCCAAUUCUAGAUCGACGUCAAUAGCAACUGCUACGCCAACUUUGGGUCCCGACACCAAAGGAAACGACAUGAACUUUGUGGUUGGACUCAGUGAAAACUUGUUGGCCGAGUGCCGUAGACUCACGGCAGAAAGUCGCAAGUAUAAGUCGAGAGCCAAGGCGGCUGCAGAAGAACUUCAGGAUGUCAAGAACCAAAUGUUAAGAUUGAAGGCGUCGUACGAGUCGCUGUCCUCCAAAGAGCUGGCAUUAAAAGAUAAGAAUUGGGAGCUAGAAUCUGCUGUUACUACCCUACAAGAACAGAAUAAUACCCUUACCAAGUCCAAUGCUAAAUUGACCCAAGAGAGUCAGGACGAAAGUGAAAAACUCGAAACAAUUCAAAAGGAGUAUGACGAAUUGAAAGUAAAGAAUUUCCAGGCUACUCAGGAAUUGCUGAACCUCAAACUGGCAUUUAAGUCUGAAAGAAAAGAGCUCAACAAUAGGAUCCAUGUUUUAAACGAUGAGAAUGACGAGCUACACAAAAAAUUGAAGAGUUUCGAACCCUCGUCACAGGAGGUGACAAAGGAAACGAUUCCAGUAUCAUUACCUGAAGAUAAUGUUGAUGUGAGCCUCGAAAGCAUUCUAGACAAUUCAUUCAGUCUUCCUACUGUAUCUUUCAGAGAAGAUGUUGACGCAAAUCUCCGGGCAGAAUCGUUGAGUGCUAACCUCAAUUAUGCUCAUAAGGUUAUUUCAAAGCUUCGCUCGUCCUUCUUGAAGCAAUUGGAAGAAUCGAAAUCUUUGAAGCAAGCUUCACCCUCAGCCAAACUCACGACUAAUAACAGCUCAGAACAUCCUUUUGAGUCGAUCACACCAUCAAAUAGAAAAUCUAAGCUUAUCGUUGUGGAUGAAGAUUCUGCUGAACCCAAUGAAUGGGAUGAGUUCAUGGCGGGAAUCAACGAGACUUCACCCUCAAAAUCCACGAAGCUGGAGAGACCCGCAUCUUCCAAUUUCACUGAGAACGUACCUCAGUUGGACUCCGAUUCCGAAUCGGAUGUGACUGAGACAUCUUCACUUCAAAGAGAAUCUGAGAUGAAAAAUUACGCUGAUUCCAAAGGUUUGGUUCUCUUAGAUAAAGAACGGUACGAUGAUCUCUGUUCAUCAGACAUACGAUCGGUUUCACAGAAAGCAUUAAUAGAAGAAGCCGACACAAGAGGACUUAAGACUUUGACCCGUGAAGAGUACAACGAAUUAAUCGAUGAAACCGAAAUGCGCAAAAAGCUCCGUCUGAGAGGGUUGGUGACGAUCCCCGAAGUUGAACACGAGAAGCUAAUGAAAGAUCAACAAUCUUUUAUGGAGCCAUCUUUAGAAUAUUUGGAAGCUAAAGCCGCAUCACACAAAUACGUGAUGGUAUCCGAAGAUGCCAACAACAAAUUGUAUGAGGAUCUUGCAAGGUUGCAAAAUCCGGAAUUAUCACACCUCGAAUCAUGUGCUGCAAAAUUGAAUCACACCCUCAUACCCGAAGCUGACUACAAGAGCCUCAAAUCGACCGUUGCGACGCUCACACAGAAAACCACCAAGCCGACGGAGGAAGAAGUCAGAAAAUACGCCCAGAAACUCAACUUCAAAAUAAUAAAAAUGGAGGACUACUCAAAGUUGAUUCACCCAAGCAAGGAGAUGAUCCAGGAAGCUGCGCAUAAAAUUGGUUUCGCAAUUCUUCCCAUAAAAGAUCAUGAGUUAUUUAUGAACCCAACCGAACCUUUCUUGCGUCAAAGAGCAGCCGAACUCAAUUUGGAGACUAUUGAUAAGACAGCGCUUGAUGAGCUCAAAAACAUACAAGCAAACCCAUCAAUCUCUUUCCUUGAGAGUCAUGCGAACAAGAACGACCAUAAAUUGCUUACAUUGAAGGAUUACGAAACGAUGAAAUCAGAGCUCAAUUUUCCUACAGUAGAUGCGUUGCUGACGAAGGCUUCUUCAUUAGACCACGUUUUGGUUCUGAAGCAAGAUCAUGAAAAGUUACUUUCAGAUGCAAACAGCCCAAGUUUGAGUCAUAUAAAAUAUCACGCCGACAAACAUGGUUUGGUCAACUUGCUGAAACAAGAGUAUUCAAAAUUGUUUAAGAAGGCCAAUGAUCCAGCAGCUACAGAGAUUGAACAAUUCGCUAAGCAGAAGGGCCUUGUGGUGAUGAGUCUUCAGGAGCACACCAACUUGAAUGGGAAACUUGACAAACCAUCUGUCAGCUAUCUUCGCGAUAAGGCAGCUGUAAGUGGCCAUAAAUUGGUGGAGGCUAAGGCGUACCAAGAAAUCGAAAACCUUGCCAAUAACCCAAGCAUAAAGCAUAUUAAGGAGAAAGCGAAUCAACAGAAUCUUCAGGUUGUACCUGUAGAUGAGUUGAAGUCUCUUGAGAAGCUUGCCAAUGAGCCACCUAGAUCUCAUUUGGAGGAAAAGUGCACUGCACUCGGCUUAUCACUUUUGGAUACAAAGGAGCUAGAGCGUAUUAGCAUGUUGGCAAAUGACCCCACUUUGAAUCAUCUCCAAGAGAAGUUGCAAAAGUUUGAACAUGAAUCUCUUGCAACCAAAGAUAUCAAAGAUUUGAAAGAUGCAGCCGCUAGUCCUUCCAUUGAAGCUAUCAAACGUGUGACAAGCGAAUUAGGACAAACUGUCAUUACUAUUGAGGAAUUUGCGAAGUUAAGCGAGGACUCUUCCAAACUACAGACUGUUCUUUUGGAAUUAAGUUCAAAGUCGGAAAAUCUACGCGCAAAGUCUGAGGAGGUAGAUCAUUUACAGAACUCUAAUAGCGAAUUAAGAGCUCUCAAUGACAAGUUGACUGAGGAUAUUUCUGACUUGGAUUCUCAGAUCGAAAAGUUGAAUGAAAAGCUACUGAACCCUUCGCAAACCUUUGUUCUUGAGGCAUCGAGAAAGCUAGGCUAUGAAAUGGUGGAGAUUGACGAGUUGAAGGACAUGAAAGAGGAAAUCAGCAACCCAACGUUACAGAGUUUGGAAGCGAAGGCUGCCGCUUUGGACCAUGUCAUUAUUUCGACUACCAUUUUUGACGAGCUCAGUGCAAUUCAAAAGACUCCAUCAAUUAAUUUUCUUCGAGAAAAGGCUCAAGAAAAGGGCUUUUCUGUAAUCGAUACUGAAAAGUUUUCUAUCACGAAGCGGAAUGCAGAAACGCCAGAUGUAAAACACUUGGAAAAUCAUGCCACUAAGUUAGGCUACGAGCUCGUUGAGAGGGAAAAGCUUGCAUCGCUCACAAAGUUGCUGGAUUCAAUUGGAAAGAUCGACUUUGUGUCAGAGUUGGCGGAUGGAAUGGGCCACGUUUUAGUCCCAAAUAAGGACCACGAGACACUUACUCGAAAGGUGACGAGUCCUACAAUUCAAGAGGUCAGGGAUUAUGCCAAAUUGCAUCAACUGGUCAUUUUGGCCGAGUCCGAAUACUCGAAGCUCAGGAAAUCAGUUGAAUCGCCCGAACUUGAAACUAUCAAAUUGCACGCAGACCACUUCGAUAAAGUACUCGUUGAUAAAUCGCAACUCAAAGAGCUUGAAAAUCUUGCUUAUCACCCACCAUUGGAAAGAGUGCUUACUUCGUUAACGACCUACCAUUAUCUGGGAAUAAGCACAAAGGAUCUCGAAGCUUUGAAACUGACCAAUGAAAAACCUACCGAGGAGUUCUUGAGGACCAAAGCAAACAAACUUGGGUUGGAGCUCCUUCCUACCACCGAUUUGACAGAACUCAAGAGAUUGGCCCAUAAUCCCGAUAUUGAGCAUUUGCUGAAACUUUCGAAGGCUCGAGGGUAUGUUCAUGUGGAUUCUGAAACGUACAAGCAAUUGAACGCUUUAGCGAAUGAUCCACCUAAGGACCAUAUCGAUGAAAAAUUGAAAUCGAUGGAUCAUGCGUCAUUGCCGUUGGACGAAUUGAAAUCUCUCAGAUCGCCUUCUCUCGAUCAGCUUAAAGAGCACUUGAAGAAGUAUGAUUACGCAACGGUGGAGAAGUCGGCGUAUCAGAAGCUUCUUGAAAGGGUGCACAAUCCUGAUGUUACGCAGUUGUCUGCUGCUGCGGAAAAAACUGGCCAUACAUUGAUUGAACGGACGGAAUUGGAGAGACUUCAAGAAAAACUCAAUUCUCCAUCAAGAAAGCAGUUGGAGGAUGCAUGUGCCAAAUUGAACUUGGUAGCUGUUGAUGACAGUGAAUUACAAGGAUUGAAGGAGCAGUUGCGCUCACCAAACCUUGAUAAGGUUGUAAAAGACGCCAGACGAUUGGGAUUGGAGACGCUUCCAGUUGAGGAGUACGACAAAUUAGUUGAAAAAGUACGGAACCCAACUCAAGAACAAUUAAUGGAUGCCGCAAAACAUAUUAAUUCCACUGUCGUACCUCUCACUUUGCACGAGGAGCUCGUUCAAAAAGCAACAGAACCAUCGAUAACUCAGUUGCAGAGUAUGGGAGAAAAGCAAGGCUGCAGCGUGAUUAACAAUGAUGAUUAUCAACAACUCAAGAGGAAAGCAGAGAGCCCAACAACAGAAGAGUUAACUAAGAAAGCUGAGGUUCUAGGCUGUAAGGUUAUAGAGGGAACCGCAUACGAGUCGCUAGCAAACCCCUCGAGACUGACCUUAGAAAGCAGAGCUAAGAAAUUUGACUGCGUGUUGGUUGAUUCUGAUGAAUACAGAACGCUCAAGUUGACUUCAUCGAACCCAUCUUCUUCAUUCUUGACUGCUCAGGCGGAGAAGAAUGAUUUCAAAUUGGUUGACCAAACAAAGUACGACGAAAUGGUGAAGAGUCUUGACACCCCAUCUGAAGAGUUUAUUAGAGAGAAUGGCAGAUUGAUGGAUCUCAAAGUUAUGACUAGCGAUGAGUUCCUGGCUCUAGAAACCUUGGCUAAGAAUCCAGGUAUCGAGCAUAUCAAAUCAGGAGCCGAAUCUCACAACCAUUUACUUAUCUCCAAGAAUGAUCACGAGAAGUUGGCAGCUAGGGCGAACAAAUCUAUCGAAGAGCUUGCUAAGGAAUCCAAUAUGACUGUUCUUUCUCUGGGAACGUACGCCAAGCUUAGAGACGAGGUGGAAAGGCCAACCUUAUCUUUGUUGGUAGAGAAAUUGGAUAGUUUGGGCUACAUGGCAAUUACGCUUCAAGAACACGAUGAGCUUAAUAAGAAAGCAAAUAAGCUGUUAGAGGAAAGGACGAGUGAAGCAGGAUUACAAUUGAUACAGCCUGACAUGUUAACCAAACUCAAGGAAGACAAUUCAAUGUCUGCAGCGAAAUUGACAGAGCAGAAGGAGACAAUAGAGGGACUCAACGACGACAUUGCAAACUAUAAGUCACUCUUACUUUCAAGCGAAGAAUCCCUUACAAUCGAGAGAGAAAGAACUGAGGCUAAUGCUAUUAAGCUAGCACAGCUUCAAAGCGAGGCAAAAGACUUGACGAAGUCAAUUGAAAAUCCAUCUGAGCUGUAUUUGGCAGACAAAGCAGAGUCCUACAAUCUUUGUCUUAUCGACAAGAAGGAAUGCGAUGAGCUUCGUGAAAAGGCAGGAAGGUCGAUCGAUCAACUCAGCUCGGAGCUUGGCUUGAUCGCGAUUGGUAACGAGGAGUACGAGUCUUUAAAGAGAAAAGUGAGUGAUCCUACUAGUGAAGAACUUAAGAAACACGCAGCAAAUAUGGGGUAUGAACUAGUGCAGGCCAAAGAAUGGUCUGAGCUUGUCAAGAACCAUGAAGAUCCUCCCCUUUCUUAUCUUAGCGAGAAAGCUGAUGCAAGUGGUAAGGUGAUCAUUGAUUCCGUGGAAUACAGUGAGUUGGUAGAAGCGAAAAAAGAACCACUCGAGCACCGGGCAGCGUCCUUAAACAAAACCUUGUUAGAUUCUGCGGAAUAUGACCAACUCUUGAAAACAGCGAACGAGCCCAGCCUUGAGGUCGUAUCACUGAUGGCCGAAAAGCACGGUCAUUCAAUUAUCCCAAUUGACCUGUUAAAUGACAUUCGCUCGAUUGCAAAGGAACCAUUGGAGAGUAGGGCGAAGAAGGGGGGCUGUCUCUUGAUUCCAGAGAAGCAGUACUCUGAGCUCACGAACUCUUUAGAGCACCCUGAGAUUACCUAUUUGAAGGAAAAGGCAUCUGAAUUGAAUUUUGAGCUAAUGAGUGUCACGGAAUUGGAGGAUAUGCGGAAGAGAUUGAAGCAACCGUCAAUCGACGAAUUAAAGAAGCACGCGGAAACCCACAGCAUGAAUAUGAUUGGGGUUAGUGAACUCUUGUCCUUAAAAGCUGCUGCGGACGAGCCAAUAGAGUCAAAGGCUGAGAAAUUAGGAGCAAUCGUCUUGCCGCAUACUGAUUAUUCUUCCUUACGCGAGAAGGCAGAGAAAACCUUAGAGCAGCAUGCUAAAGAGAAAAACAUGCGUCUCCUUUCUGCCGAAGAAUUCAAUGAGUUGAAGGCGCGUGGAGAGCGGCCCUCGAUGGAUUUUAUUGGCCCUUAUGUUUCCGCUUUGGGAUUCAGUAUGCUACCAAGAAAGGAACUAGAUACUCUUCGUUCGCGCGCUGAUGAGAGUACAGAAACUAAAGCUGCAAGAGAUGGAAAGCGAGUUGUAGACUCGUUGGAUUAUGAGCAGAUGGUGGCUAAAGCGGAGUCGCCUGAUUUGGACCACCUCAGUGCCAAGGCCACUCCAUUAGGCUACACUUUAGUGGACAACAAAGAACUUGAACACUUGCGAAGUGCAGAAAGUGAGACACUCGAGGAGAAAGCUGAAAGAUGCAAAAAGGUGGUACUUGACGAGGACUCUCACAAGGAAUUACUCGAGCCAUCUGUUGCGAAGUUGACUGAGCAUGCUUCCAAGAAUGGUCUCUCCAUCAUUACGACAACUGAGUUGCUGCACCUUAAGCAAAUUGCAGAAGAAGGUUUGGACGUGCAGGCGGCUAAACAAGGCAAGGUGAUCGUGCCAGCCGAGGAAUUUGAUGAGCUUGUUGCUUCCAAAAAGUCGCUUGAGCAGGAAAUCGAAAAUCCUUCUCUUGACUUGAUAAUCAACAAUGCUUCAAGUCACGGAUAUGUUGCAAUUGAACAAGAAGCAUUAGACGAAUUGAAGUCGAGGGCCAACGAAUCGGUGGAAAUCAAGGCAGAGAGGGCCAACAAGAUUUUGUUGAACGGUGCUGAAUAUGACGAUCUCCUUGUCAAAGCCAACAAACCUACCAUCGAAGAGAUUAAGAGAAACGCAAGCAUGAACGGUCUUAUUACAGUGCCAGAACAUGACUACGACACUCUCUUAGCUGUAUGCAAUGAACCUUUGGAAGCUAAAGCAACAGCCAAAGGGUUGGCUCUUGUACCAAGCAAAGAGCUCGACGAGCUUCGCAGUAUUGAACGAGAACCACACCAUUCCUUCUUACAAGAAAAGGGCUCUUUGCUAGGUCUUGCAAUGAUUCCUACUGCUGAAUUGGGAUCAUUGAAAGAACGUGCAUCAAACCCUACUCAUUCUGAAAUUGAAGAAAUGGCGUCGAAGAGGGAUUUGGCAGUUGUACCUACCGACCAAUUGCAAGCUUUGAGAAACCUUAUUGAUGAUCCAAGCAUUAACUAUAUCAAGGAUAAGGCUGCAGUACAUGGCAUGUCGGUAAUUGAAAGCCAUCUACUUUUCAAUCUUAGAGAUCAGAUUGAGAACCCUAGUAUCGACUUCCUCUCCCAAAGCGCACUGGGCCACGGGUACGUCACCAUUCCCGAAGAAGAGCUUGAGUCACUUAAGGAUGCUCUCAAUAACCCAGGCAGAACUGUUUUAGAUGCCAAGGCAGCUGAGUUAGGCUGUGUGAUAAUCACGCGAGACGAUGUGGAAGCGAUGCAAGCAAAGAUCGACACACCAUCACUUUCAUACUUAAAAGAAAAGAGCAGUGCCUCGGGCCAUACGAUCGUUUCGGAAGAGAAUUUACGAAACUUGGAAGAAGCUGCCAACCGAACUAUUGAAGAGAAGGCAAAAGAAGCAGGAUUUGUUGCCUUGGCUGGGUCUGAGUAUGAGACUUUAUUGAGUAGAUCGAGCGACCUUGAACACCUUUCCAAACUUGUUGACAACUCAGACGAGUUGAAAGAUAUUUUAGAGAAACGAGGUUAUUCCGUGAUUACAGCAGAGGAAGCAAAAGAAGUGGAUGUUGAAAGGAUAAUGAAGACAGCAAAAGAAAACGGAUAUAUCGUUGUUCAUGAAGACGACCCUACACCAGCAGAUAUUGAACACUUGAGUUCAUGGCUCGAGAGUAAAUCUGCUGGUUCAUAUGCGUCGAAGUCUCAAGAUAGUACGGAGACCUUCGCUGACGCAGAAACAUCGUUUGUUUUGAGCGAAGAAGAACUACAACUUAGUGCCGAAGCCCUUGGAUAUACUUUGGUGAAAGCUAAUGAAGCCGUCAAAUCAGAGACUCCACGCUCUAUGGCACCGAUUACAAGAAGAGGCUCUUCGCUGUCAUUGGACACAAUUGAAGAAACUUUGGACGAAGAGGACUUAAAGAGAAUAGCAAAGCAACGUGGCUUUUUGCUCGUCCCCAGAAGUUCCUACAUUUCAUUGAGUGUAGAACAAGAACCAGACGUGGAAAAUGUGACUGUCAUUCCAACAACUUACUUCAAAAAGUUGACCAGCAAUAAGGCGGACAACAUGAACAAUGUUGGCGAUGAAGUCUUUGAAAAACAUGCUAUAGAGAGAGGAUACAUGCGUACACCUGACGUUUCGACACCUCCACCUACCAUGGGUGCUAUUGACGAAUUAUCUACCGUUGCACAUCCAUCUCCCGAUGUCUUCACUCCUCCAGCAACAAGUAGGUUUUCCGACAAACAACGUCGGUAUUCACCAGCGCUUUCCACCUCACACUCCAUGCGGUCCAACUUAUCUUUACAAUCGAUGCCCCGGAGUAUCAAUGCAUCAUUGCAAACCGCAGACAUCUUUUCGAUGGCCACCAAUGUGUCACUUACCGACACCAGCAUGAUUCCAGCUAUUACCCAGGUUGUUAUAGGUGAGUACCUUUUCAAGUACUACCGUCGUUUGGGAGGCUUGAGUGCAAUUUCAGAGACCAGGCAUGAGAGGUACUUCUGGGUUCACCCAUAUACGUUGACACUUUACUGGUCCACCUCUAACCCUGUUUUAGGCAACCCAGCCGAUGUGAAAACCAGGGCUGCUGCUAUAGUUGGUGUCGAAAGUGUUGAGGAUAACAAUCCAUUACCUACCGGGUUAUACCACAAGAGUAUUAUCGUCCGUUCUCAAGACAGGUCUAUCAAAAUUACAUGUCCUACGAGAAAGAGACAUAAUAUCUGGUAUAAUGCAUUGCGGUACUUGAUUCACCGUAACGUGAACGAGCUUUCCUUUGACACGGAAGAUACAGAAGACAAAGAUGGCCCAGCAACACCACCAGCUUCUGGUCCAUUAUUUGAAACUGAAGACCGGCAUGCUUUCCCACGAAGCAGUCUGACCAGUAGUGCGCAAUUGGGACGCAGUCCCAGUAGCAAAAAGCUCAGUCGGCACUUUAGCACGUUGAGGAGAACUAAGUGA